ACCCUAAGAUAACAUUGGGAUAGACCAUAUUUUAUUUGGUGGCUGUCGGUUGUGUCGCUGUUGUAAACAAUUUCUUGAGAGACUAACUUCAGAGUUGCUACAAAUAUAUUUAGGAUGGUGUUACUUGUAUAACGUAUUGUAACGUCUGCCAUUGUUUACAACACAAUACAUCUAUUUAAUGGCAAUUCAGAUAUUGCUUUAUUUCAUCUUCAUUAUCAGUGAAGUUCAAGUGGCUAAAGCAUGUCAAACUGGCUGGUUCGGCUCCAGCUGUCAAUACAAAUGUCACUGUGUCAACAACCAAUGUGGCCUUGACGGAAAGUGUACAGGAGAGUCUACAUGUGACAGGGGAUGGUUUGGUCCUCUAUGUCAAUACCAGGAUUUAGCACAAUUGAAUACAGCUACAACCCACGCCGCCCUGAUAGAUGGAAACGAUGCCACAUGUGCGAGUGUUUCAACUUUUAACCUGACUUGGAACAUUACUUACCAAGUCACGUGGUUCAGAAUUAUUAUGCAACAGCCAAAUUCAUUACAGAACGUCCAACUGACUCUAAAUAAAACAAUCACGCCAACUACAUAUCUGAUCAAAGUUACUGACAGAGUCACUGACAUUCUCUGUCAGACAGAUCUCCUUGCUACACAUGUAAGCCUACACUUCGGAUCAACGCUUGCAGUUUGUUCAGUUUACUUGAGUGGAGGUAGAAAUGUUGCUCUAAAACAAACCACCAGCCAAUCAAGUGAUUAUGAAGAAAAGGACAUAGUGCGCAACUCCUCUUUGGCUGUGGACGGAAACACAAGUGGGAACUUUUCACACAUCACGUGUACACAUACAGCAGAAUCCAAGCCAGGCGAAUGGAGAGUUACAUUUUCAAUUACUCCAAAUGUCAAUAGAUAUAUCCUUUAUAACAGAGACUCAGACCGUCAACGGCUUCAAGGAUUUUUGUUGAACAGUUACAGCAACGCUGGGUCAAAACUGUUUGAGUACAGGGAUACAAGUUCUAACAACAAUGUACCAAUCUACACAAUAACAACAGGUCUACACGGUCCGGUGUCUUAUGUUAAUAUAUCUGUAGGAGGCAUUCUAACACUAUGUGAGGUCGAGAUAUACGGUGAAAGCGUAUGCAAUGUAAAAAAUUACGGUCCAGAAUGUACCAAGACCUGCAACUGUAACGACCCAACUGAGACAUGUUUUGUAGCUACAGGUGGAUGUCUUUCUGGAUGUGCUGCUGGAUAUCAAGGGGAGGACUGUUGGGAGCCAUGUAACGUUACAUUUUUCGGACAAAAUUGUGAAAGCAGGUGUAGCAUCAACUGUUUACUACAACACUGUAACAACGUCAACGGGUUUUGUGACGCCUGUGUACCUGGAAAACAAGGAGCUUUAUGUGAUAAAGACUGUAACCCCACGUAUUACGGAACCAACUGCUCGACGAAAUGUAGUUCCAACUGUCUAGACAGUCUGUGUCACAAUGUGAAUGGUGCUUGUAUAAGUUGUGUUGAUGGAAAACAGGGAACGUUUUGUGAACAAAAAUGUAGCAAUACAUAUUACGGAAAAAACUGUACACAAAAAUGUAGCACCAGCUGUUUACGUGAACUUUGUGACAACGUCAACGGUUUUUGUCACAGUUGUAUACCUGGAAAACAAGGUGUAUUUUGUGAAAGAGACUGUAACGCCACGUACUACGGAACCAACUGCUCAGAUAAAUGUAGUUCCGACUGUCUAGACAGUCUAUGUGACAAUGUGAAUGGGACUUGUAAAACUUGUGUUGAUGGAAAACAAGGUCCAUUUUGUGAAGAAAAAUGUAACGAGACGUAUUUUGGAACUAACUGCUCGAAGAAAUGUAGUUCCAACUGUCUAGACAGACUAUGUGACAAUGUGAACGGUUCUUGUCACAGCUGUGUUGCAGGGAGAAAGGGGCCAUUUUGUAAUGAAUCUUGUGACAGUCACAACUAUGGACCAAACUGUGAUGCUCACUGUUCAACUAACUGCAAUGACUCAAUAUGUAACUCAACAAACGGCCACUGCUGGAGAUGCUACCCUGGUUUUCAAGGAUAUUUUUGCAAUGAAGAUUGCGAGAAAUCUUUCUUUGGACAAGAUUGUAAUCAAACCUGUGACUACUGUCUUAACGCUGACUGUAACAACACCAACGGUGUUUGUUUCAAAUGCGCUGCUGGAAGUUGGGGGGACUUCUGUCAAGCGUGUCCCAACCAGACAUUUGGUGAGUCGUGUAAAGAGAACUGCUCCAAAAACUGUGAGCAAGACGGGACGUGUCACCCAGUCAAUGGGACGUGUAAACACGGAUGUCGUCAGGGGUAUCGGGGAGAAACAUGUGCUCAAAAGAUACCUGAAGAACAAUCACCUAUAGCUGCAAUUGUUGCACCUGUUGUAGUCAUCGUUCUACUAGCUAUUUUGGCAGUGAUUGGCUUUGUCUACUGGAGACAUCGUCGGUUGAAGAACAAAGAAGACCACGUUAAUGAUUCGCAAAGAAAUGAAUUAUUUGAUAUGUCUGAUAGUCCAACUUCAAGCGGCAAAUUAAACACCAUAAAAGGUACAGAUAAGCCAGUAGCUAUCAUUAACGCCUACAGUAACGUGGAUGUUGAGGCAGACAGACGAUACAUCAAGGUCUCAAAACUGGACGAGUUUAUGCAAGCUCAUGGCAGAGAUUACUUUGUGGAUGAGUUUAAGAGAAUUCCAACCCCCCAAAACGUGACAACCAUGGUGGGACUAAGUGAAGCCAACAAACACAAAAGUCGAUACAGGAAUAUUUGCACAUACGAUCACUCCCGCGUACAUUUGGAAAUAAAUGCCAGCAAAAAUGAAGGUGACUUUAUUAACGCAUCCUAUGUUGAGAGUUAUAACAAUCAGGAGAAAUACAUAGCUUCCCAGGGACCAAAUGAGGUGAUCAUAAACGACUUUGUUAGAAUGUUAUGGGAACAAAAAGUUGAAAAAGUUGUGAUGCUGACAAAUCUAAUUGAAGAAGGAAAGGUAAAAUGUGUAAGUUACUGGCCAGAAGAAGGUACAACCACAUUUGGUGACAUCAAAGUUAAGCUGGCAGCUACUCAUGUUUUUGCUGACUACACUAUCAGGAAGUUGGAGCUUAUCAAGAAAGAUCAUCCGACCCACCUAUUCACCCAGUUCCACUUCACAUCGUGGCCAGACAAAGGUGUGCCUCUAACACCGUGGGGACUUGUGGACUUUGAACAGAGGGUGGCGUUAGGGGGUACAUCAAGGCCUAUUGUUGUCCACUGCAGCGCUGGUGUAGGACGUACUGGAACCUUCAUCGCCCUACGUAAUGUGAUGAGAGAAGCUGAAGACACCGGCUACAUCAACUGUUUCAACACGGUGGCCAAGCUGAGACAAGACCGAGUCUUGAUGGUACAGACAGCGGAACAAUACGAGUUCCUCCACAAGGCCGCGCAGGUUGCCAUCACCUGUAUGGGAACGACUGUCCACGCUAAUGACAUAGUGAGCAGAAUACAGUUCUUAGGGGAGCGAUCUUUGUCAGGGGUCACCAACAUGGAAAAAGAAUUUCAGGCUGUCGUGAAACUCAGCGAAGACCUAAAUAAACAAACACAGGAUGAGGACAUUUCUGGAGAGAAUGGCAACAUUUACCAAAAUCAUGACCCUGUUGUAGAAAAGAAAAACAGACGGUCUUCAAUUAUAGCAGGUAACCUGUACAGAGCUGUGCUUUCCUGUGAAUCAAACAACUUGGAAGACUAUGUCAAUGCAGUACUUGUCUCGAGCUUCACUAAACGGGAUAACCAGAUUUUAACACAACUUCCAAUGCCAAACACAGUCACAGAUUUCUGGAGAUUGGUGGCACAAUAUAAUGUCUCACUUAUUCUGGCUUUUAACAAGGGAUCAAGUGAAAAGGAUGAGACCCUCGGCCAGUACCUGCCUGCCAACAUGACAACACCUUUAGACUGUGGACCAUAUGAAAUACACACAGGACCUGUCAAGUCUGAGAGUUUAUGGGAGGAACAACAGAUAACAAUUAAGACUGUUAAAAAAGCUAUAACAUUUUUACCUGUUAAUGUAACAACAGAAUCGCACGUGACCCACAUUGCGAGUAAAAGCACAGACCUGAAUCCCAAGAAUCUUCUCAAACUUGUCAAACACACAAGGUCAAACAAUGUACAGGCACAGGGGAGAGUACUCUACAUGUGCAGAAACGGAGCUGAGUACAGCGGCCUGGCCUGUGUGUUGAGUCUUCUACUUGACCGAAUGGACCAUGACCAAAGUUUAACAGUUCCACUUGUUGUUGGUGCCAUCAAAUGUAUCAGAUCACAGGUCAUCCCCUCCAUGGAUCAGUACCGGUGUCUGUAUCAAGUCUUACAGAGAUACAAUGAGUUAAACACACCGUACAGCAAUUACGACAACGUUUCUGAUUUAAAAGCUAAUCGUGGUGCGACACAUGGAAACGACACAUUUGCAGAGGAGAAUGUCUAUCAAAACAAUUAGUUCAGUUUUCUCAAGUGCAUCUACUAGGUUAUAUCUUUGAUGAACUUGACCAGUUCUUCAACACAAAACAAGCACAGUAUAUUAAUCAGCAAACUUUUAGAGAACAUAAACUGAUUCUGAACAUGUUUUUACAUGUAAUGUAGACCUAUCUGUUAAAUGAAUCAAAAUAAGUAAAUACAUAAGUUUUAAUUAAAGUUAUGAAUUAAAGUUCAAAACCCGAAAUAAACCAUCAUCUAAAAGUAAUUUUUACAACUAUUCGAAUUCAAUUUAAAUGUAUAACUUUAAUUAUUUAUCUGAAUUUAAUUUUUUAAAUAUAUGAUUUAUAUUUUUUUUUAAAAAGCAAUUCUUAACUAAUAUUUAUAAAUGUAUCUGUUAAAUUAAUAUAAUUUUAAAAUAUAUGUUAUAUAUAUUUAACAUGUUUUUACUUCUCCGCUAAAAUAUGUAAUUUAAUUAAACCAACAUAACACUUUUAGAAAUGUACAAUAAAAUAAAUAUAGAUCGAUAUAGACUGUAUGCAACAUGGUUUCCAAAAACAAGCAAAAAAAAUAUCUAUAGGAAAAAAAAAAAGUUUCCCUUUCAAACCUGCGGUCUAUGGGUCAAGUGAAGUAGAGUUCACUUGUUUCUGUGACCUCGGCAUAGGAAGAGAUAGUGUGGUCAGCACUAUGCCCAGCCGCCUCUACUUUCCUUAACGUGAGUUGGGUGGACUCAGGGACGGUCUACCGCUAGACCACCCCGUCCCACUCCAUAUCUAUAGGUAAGAAGACCAUUUCUCUGUAGAAUUAUAUAUAUAUAUAUAAAUAUAUAUAUAUAUAUAUAUAUAUAUAUAUAUAUAUAUAUAUAUAUAUAUAUAUACGUCAUUGGUGUUUAUAUUCAUACAGUUCAAAUAUGAUUUCUUGGAAUUUCAUUAAUUUCUUUUUUUUAAAUAUUUUUAUAGAUAAUAGAUAACAUAUUCUAAGUUAUGAAUGAAAACAUUAAUAGAAAUCACAUUUGUAAGGUCAAUGUACAUUUUCAACAUAUUUCCAAAAAUAAAAUAAUAACAAUUACGCAACGUAGAAUUUAAUAAAAGUAGAUAAUUCAGACUUUUAUAUUUGUUUUGUAAUAGUCAUUAAGCAGUAGUUUCCCUUAGGUAAUUUAUUGUUAAAAUUAUACAAAUUUACACUAAGAAAAAUUCAUAUAAUGUUCUUUUAAUUUAAAACAACUUUAAGAACUCUUAUAAAUGUGUUGUAUGCAAUUGUAUUUUGGCAUAAAGUAAUUUUUUUGUUCCUGUU